CGGAUGGCUGUGUUAUUGAGUUAAAAGAAAAAUCAACGAAAACUGACACUACUGUUAGAGCGACUCUCGAGGUUUUCCAGUUUGUGACUUAUCUCUGAUUGAAACGCGACAUUAUGCUCAUUUGGAGACCGAGAACUGUUGGCUUUCACACACACAGCGGACCGUUCAGCUGUUAAGUCGCUGCUAAUUUUUUUUUUUUUCCACGGCUUAUGUUUGAUAUACAUCCGUAAACGCAUGUGUCAUCACCUCUCGAGUAUGUUAUUUGAAGCCUUCGACGACUUAAAAUAACAAUUUGCUUACUGAAGUCGCAGCAAUGGCUUCGGCGCUGAGUUGCUUCAGCGGUCCCGAGGUGCUGGAGGACGGGAAUCACGCUCGGGGAUUGAUGACCGAGUUGAAGUCACUGUACGACUGUCGGCUGCUCGGGGAUGUUACCAUCGGAGUGGAGUGUGAAGAGGAGUCACUGGAGCACAGCGGCGAGUCAAACAGAGGCGACAUCGACCAACUUUUCCUGUGCAGCCGCAACGUCCUCGCCGCUGCCAGCCCUUACUUCAAGAGCAUGUUCACCGGGGGGUUGAAUGAGAGCAUGCAGGAGAGAGUGGUCAUACGCGGGGUGGACGCCGAGUCCAUGUCGGUAAUCAUCGACUACUGCUACACAGGCAGGGUGACCAUAACGGAGGGCAACGUGCAGAGGCUGUACGCAGCUGCCAACAUGCUUCAGCUUGAGUACAUAAGGAAAGCCUGCUCCAGUUUCAUGACAAGGAGGCUGGACCUCUCCAACUGUGUGGGCAUACUGAAAUUUGCAGACACUUAUGACAAUCCUGAGCUGAAGGAGAAUGCACAGGCGUUCAUAGCCAGGAACUUUAGCCAGGUGUGUAAUGGAGGGGAGCUUUGUGAGCUGGAUUUGACGCAGUUCAAGGAGCUGUUGUCUCUGGAUACUUUGGACGUGGACUGUGAAAGGAAGGUAUGCUCAGCAGCUUUGCAGUGGAUAGAGGCUAAUGCACCACAGAAAAGAGAGGAUGCAUUACAGGCACUUAAGUGUGUACGCUGGAACUUGUUUACUGAAAAGGACAAGUGUUACCUUGAGGGCCUCAUGGAAACGCCUUUAAUUGAGAAAUACCUUGAAUCUUUCUUUAACAGGUCUACAGAGGACAGCUGUGGGAUGCCUGCCACACAAGAUGUACCAAAACACAGAAUAGGUGUGAGUGCAAAAGAAAUGAUUCUCUUCUUUGGCCUACCCAAUGACAACAUAAUGUGCUGUGACCCAUACUCGGAGGACUUGUAUUUUAUGGCUCCUCCUUUAGAAGACCUUAGCAGUCAGGAUUACAAACGCUCUACCAUGGAGUCCUUAAUCGCCUGUGCCACACCUGAAAACAACCUGUACCUAGCCUCCCACCUUUCUAAACACUUCUGGCUGUAUAACCCUGUGCUUAACAGCUGGCAGGAGCUGGCAGAGAGGCCACUAGGGAGGAUACACUCUGGGAUGGGCUACCUUAAUGGUCAUGUGUACCUUUUGGGGGGAAGAAAUCCAGUGACGGACACUAGACUGAAGGAGGUUGAGUGUUACAGCGUCCAGAGGAACCAGUGGACGUUUGUGGCUCCUCUGCCUCACUCUUUGGGUAAAAUGCAGGUGGUAGCAUUAAAUGACCACCUGUAUGUGGUAAACAAAAGGAGAAUGCUUUGCUAUGAUCCCAAGAGGAACCGCUGGCGCCACUGUGGGUCACUAAGAAGAGACAAGCUUCACAAAGCUUGCGUAUUUCAGGACCAGAUCAUCUGUGUGUGUGAUAUCCCUGUGGUGAAAGCCUACAGCCCCACCAGGGGUGAAUGGAGGAGGCUGGGUGACAUUCCUAUUGACAGUCGAGCUCUAAACUACCAGGUGAUCCAGCACAACAGCAAGCUGCUUCUCCUCACUCAGACUUUACUGCAGCACAACAAAAACAGGGUCCUCAUCCAUGAAUACGACCCAGCCAGAGACACCUGGAAGAAUGUCAUGGCAGUGUAUGUGUCCACCCUGGGGCCUGUGUGUGUUUCAACACGCGUGUACCCUGCAUGCCUGGGUUCUGCUCACAGCUUCUCUACAGAAGAGGAUGAUGACAGUGGCUCCAGUGCCGACUGGGACUUUGAUGGGUUGACAGAUGCAGACUCUGACUCUGGCAGCUCUAGCUCUUUCUCAGAUGAGAACUGGUAGUGAAAUGUGUUACUGUGUCAAAGAAAAGUUUAACUUAUUUGUAAUUUAAUGAACUUUUACAGGGUUCUGUCUGUCGGGAGAACUCACAGAUCCAGAUUAAAUUCAGUAUUAAAGCCAACCAUUGAGAGUGGAAGCACAAGCUGUUUAGAAGUGGAAAUCUUUACAUUCUUUAUUUUACAUCUUCUCACAAGAUUGCCGAAUGACUAUACAUGGGAGGAGGGAUGGAACGAAGCAGAGUUGGCCUCAGUGAUUCUUUUCAACUUUUUUUCACACAGUGAGAACAGAUGCCAAGAGUCAAGGGCUUUGUUCUUCAGUUUGAUGUUUCAUGUCCUUCCAUUGGGAAUUUGUCUUGCAUGUUUCUAUCAUGUAAGACAAAUACACAAUAGAAACAUAACUGAUCAGCAGUAGGUUCCUCUAUAGAGUGGAGGUUCUACCUUCAUAAUUUAGCACAAGUACAAGGACAGGUGAAUGAAGCAUACGCCAGAUGUAGUAUUACACUUCCAUAAAAUUAGGAAGGGACAGAUUAGCAAAGAAAGGUCCAAAUCAAUUCAGCAGACGCUGAUGGUUCGCUGAUGACUUGCUGAACACAGGUGUUACUAAUAAGAUAAGUAAUUUCUGCUUUGCGUUGCAAUAACUGCUGGAGCUGGGCCAUCGUUAAUGUUCUUAGUUCCACCUGUGCUUUUCCUGCCAUGACAAGUCAAAAUGUCUGGUGUAAAGAGGUCUGUAAAUUUCUGAUUUUAGAGUGAUCUCAUUCGGCCAAGGCUAUCAAGAUUCAUUUAGGAAGCAAAAUGACUUUUAAAGUACAAGAUUAACAGACUUUGACAGGUUGAUAAAGGAACAACUGGUGGUGCUCAUCAAGCACAUCAAGCAUUUUUUUUUUUGGUGUAGAAUUUCAUGGCAGAAAAAUUGGGAACUACUACUUGAUUAGCAGUCACAUUUUUCUCACCCGUAGUUUGCAAAGCAGGCUAAAAGUUUGUACACUCCAAACCCAACCUGAGAUAUCCAGGUUUUUUUGUUUAGAUCUGACAAAGCUCUUCCAGAGCUACAAAAGACAUUAUAUGUGAAACUGUUUGCACAUGCUGCCCAUGAUAAGUAAGUUAACAUGUUUAUGUUAAAUCAGGGGAGGGCCCCUUGAAUGCUUUAAGACUUAGUGCUUGUGUUGUGUUAUAUAAAGACAAGUUUGUGACAGAAAUAUUUGCUAAUAACAUGUUAUUGAGCUUGAAUACAGGAGCACACCUGCUUAUGAUCAGUGUAAAAUCAUGACUGUGACUUUCGGGACAUCAGGCAGCUCAAGUGACUCACGUUGAUGACUUCAGACACAACUGGUCAUUUACAGGGCUUUAAUAUUUAAUGUCCUUUUUUAUGGUGUUGAUGCACCUCAAGAUGUCACACACAGCCGGUGUUGUGAAAACUACUGUAUGAAAUGUAGAAGCCAAUGUACUGUACGCUCACUCAGGUUUAGGCUUAAGCAAAAGCCUGUAUGCCAUGAUUGACCUUUUUAUUUUUUCGAGAUGUAGUGAAAUUAGGUAGCUUUGGUGACAAAUUAUACAUUUUAUUAAAUUUAUUUGAAAGUAUUUUAUUGUGUGGAUGUAUGUGUUUUUGUAUCUAUGUUUUUUUUAAUUUAACAUUUAUGUUACAAUCAGAAAUCAAAAUUCACAGUGUUUUGAGUAUUGUUUGGUCAUGAUGAAUUGUUUUAAUUGGAUGAAAUUUUGUCUGCAUGUAUACAACUGUUGCAAAGCCAUUGCCCUCACCAACCACCCCAUACAUGCACUUACCAGUUUACUAGCUGUGUUGAAACACAUUGAAGUGUUUUAAUCAUCUCUCUAAGCUCAAUGAUAUAAAUGUUGUGGACAAAAUAUUAGAAACACCUCUGAGAAUAAUGCAAUACCACAAACGACAGCCUCCAAAGUUCAGCACCUCUAAAACUGACCUUUAUGAAUGUAGGAUUUAUUACGGAGUUGUUGUAUGAGACUGAGUUUUAGCUGUAGUACCUAAUAAACUGGUAAAUGAGUGUAAUUCUCCCUGUUGUGUCUGUAUGAUGAAUAGUUGAAGUGUUAUAUUUUUGGAUGUGUGUAUGAGGGGGAGGGGUUGAUUGGCUGUGCUAAAACAUGUGGUCUGAACUAUAAAGCUGUUUUGCUAUGUGUCAAAUAAACAUCUAU